CACCGGAUUGCUAAGCCAAAGGCUAAUGUUUCUGGCACUUCAACAAGGAUGUUGGUGCUCCGUUUGUCAGUGAUGAUCAAGCUUUUCUUCCAGUUGGAUGCAUCUAUUUGUCCUGAGAAAUGCGACUGCUCUUCAAAAAAUGCAAUUCAUUGUUCUGGUCCCCACAUAAAAGACCUGGAAUCGUUAAAUCUGCCUUGCAACGUGACAGAAAUUCACAUAACGGACACUAAUGUAACAUACUUGCAGGAUGCUUUUUCUGGGAUGGUGGAGCUGCGGCAUCUCAUCUUGUCUUCAAACAACAUCUCUCUGAUUUCACCAAUGGCUUUUAAAGGCUUGAGAAGGCUAAAAGCCCUCAAGCUGCUAGGUAAUAAGCUGGUUGAACUUCCCCCAGAAGUCUUUGAUGACACGGUACAGCUUCGGCAAUUGAUCAUGGAAAGUAACAGAUUGAAAUCCAUUGAAGAAAAUCUGUUUGACAAGCUAGCUAGUUUGGAGGAGCUUUUCUUGAACAAAAACCAACUAACAGCACUUCCUAGUGGCGUGCUGAAGAAACUUGCCAAACUCAGAGUACUGAACUUGUCGAGAAAUUGUUUGGCAGCACUGCCUAGGAAUAUAUUUAGUAAGUUAACCAGGCUUGAGAAGCUGAUGCUGUAUUUUAACAGGCUGUCUUCAGUAGAGUCUGGUAUGUUUGAUAGCCUGAAGGAGCUGCUGGAACUCUUCCUGCAUUCCAAUAACAUCCAGUCCAUCGCCCCUGAUGCAUUUAGUUGUCUUCAUAAACUGAGAAGCCUAACGCUCUCCAAAAACAAGCUUGAGGCUUUGCCUCCUGGGCUCUUUCUGCAUUUGCAUGACCUGUCUAAAUUGACCUUGUACAGGAACCCGCUGAAGUCUCUUCCAGAAGUAUUGUUUGGAGAAAUGCGGCAUCUUGUUAGCUUGUGGCUGUAUUGCACAAAGCUCUCAACACUACCAGAUUUUGUGUUCAGUAACUUGACAAAUUUAGAGCUUCUUGUGCUGAGUUUUAAUCCAGAGCUUAGUGUUCUUCCUAAGAAUGUAUUCAGUGGUCUGAAUGAACUGCGGGGCCUUUCUCUGCAUACAAAUAAUAUUUCCACUCUGCCAGAGGGCAUCUUCCUGAGCCUGCAGAAACUGCAGAACAUUUCCCUUUUUGAUUCGAGGCUUGAGGUUCUUCCUAGAAACCUUUUUCAUAAUCUCAAGCACCUUCAGAAAGUUUACCUGAAUAGUACUAAGCUGCAGUCUCUUCCUGGAGAUUUUUUUACCACUUUACCUGAGCUGCAAGAAGUCUUCCUCGACAACAACCCUUGGAAAUGCAAUUGCCAAAUUCUUGGCUUCCAAGAGUGGCUCCAAAAGAGCACGGAGAUAGUUAAAAACAUGCCAUCGCUAAUGUGUGACAGCCCGCUGGCACUACAGAAUAUUUCUCUUGUGGCUCUAACAGAUGAUCACCUGAAGUGCCUGCCAACCUCAGCCAUUACAUACCAGAUGCUCAGCUCAACUUAUUCCCAGGCUUCGCCUUCUCUUGUGACGGAGCGCUUGAUGUCAUCUCGGAAGACUACCGUAACAGCGGUGUCCGACAUGGAUACCAGCACACCUGCAUCAAUUCCUCUUGCAACUUUGGAUUUUACCUACUCACAUGUUGAAGACGUUGGACAGCCUAGGUUUCAUUUCUCAGAUGUUCUGACCCAAACUUCUCCCAGCGUCAUAGUAGAAACCAACAGUGUUAGAGGAACAGAUUUAACUACUCUUGCCUGGUGGGAUGAGCUGCCAGCCCGCUGGAGUGCUAAGCGCUAUUUUAAUACCAGAAUUGCUUAUUGUCAGCUAUUCUUGUGCCUUCACAGUUUGAUUUUAGCACUCCAGACUGUAACCGUUGCGCUCACUCUGUAUGUGAUGGGUAAAACUAGGCAGCUCUUGCACUCCAGAACUACUCCUGCUCAGCCUGUAGUUCUGAUAAAAUUUUUUAAGAUAGAGAAUAACAGCCAAAGAGAGGAUUAAAAGUGCUGGUUUGGAUGCAUUUCAAGCAUUUGGGCAGUUCACACUUGAUUCAGAUAUGGAUUACAAAUUUCAUAACAAGAACCAUAAAAACCUUGUUUUUACAGCAUAAUGAAAAUGCACUUCUAUGUACCUUCCAGCGUUUGCCAAAAGUGAUUGUAAUCACUCUAUGUUGCUGCAGCGCUUGGUGCAUGAACCCAGAGGGAGAGCUGAAAGAAAAUCUGUGGUCACCUCUCCGCGUGUGCUUCUAGUUCCCUGCUUGGCCGGCAGCCCUGUCCCUGCCCGGGACCGCUGCCUGCUCCGUGCUCACCUGGAGGCGGCACCAGCGUAGGGAUGUCCGCGUAGGAACACGGCUUUAACCACGCUGUAAAGGUUGCCCGCGGUACUCCAAACGGUAUUAUGCCUUAUGCUGCCUGCAGCGUUUUGUCUGCUUAUUGAGAAAAGAAAUAGUAGUUUUGGGAGGAGAUGCUGGAAAAGACCUUUUAAAAAUGGAGGUGGGGGCAGAGCGAUGCGGUGCAAGUGUCUUAGUUUUUGCUUUCUGUCAGCUCCUUUCCAGGACAUGGCAGGAGGAAGGGGUACCAUUUAAAGCUGUCGGUGCUUUCCUCUAGCUUAGCCAGAGGAAGGUAAGUAAGAUGCUAGACUAGGAAGUAUAACCUUGAUGUAUUUUGUGUGUGUGUGUUCGGGUGUUUUGGAAACUUUGUAACAUUGCUACAAAUCCGAAUGUUAAGUAAACGCUUUUAUCCUUAAACUUUGACCAGUGGUCUGCAAAGCAAGGCGUUACUCGCUGCACGAUGCAGUCAGUCUUGAAACCGGAGUACCAGGCAGAUGCCCAGGACUGAGGCUUGGCUCCAGAGCAGCGUUGUUGGUUUGAGAGCUGGUCUUGGCUGAGCUGGGAGAGAAGGGGACGGUCUCUCCUGGGCUUGCCUAGCAGAACAUAGGUGUGCAGCGCAGCGGCAGGGAGCUUGCCUGAUCCGAGGGCCCUGAAGUGUCACCACCUUUUUUUUUUUUUUUUUGAAGUUGGCUGGGGAGUAUACGCAUCUCCGUCAAACUGCAGUUUGCAGUAGCGUGUUCAGUCGUAUUUGGUCUCAGCACUUUUUACCUUUCCUUAUUCCAUAGUAUUACUCCCUGACUUUCAGCCCUUUCAAGUGUUGAUGUGCAAAGACAACUACGAGGCAAAAGUGUGAGUUUUGGUCUUCAUACUGAAAUGUUUUUUUUAAUAUUUUGAGAGAUAGGAGUAUCUUAGUUUGUAAAUAGACUGGUAGCUGUCAGACUGCGUGUGCAGACAACAGCGGGUUUUGGUCGCUCUUGGAUUUAACUAUUAGCUUUUAUCUUAAUUAUGUGACUUAGCUCUUUAAAGCUCUGCCGUUGUGCUCAAAAGCUAGGGCUGAAUCAACCUCUGGAUGUGGUUCUCUGGCUCCUUGGGCAGGAGACCCUGUGCUCCAGGAGUCCUUUUGUAGCCAUACUGACUUUCUAACUACUGAGGUCUCUCCUGGAUGGCCUUGAAAUGGCGCUGUACAGGCCUGAGCUGAAGAGGGCUUGCAUUUACUGCAGGUUUGUGGCCUGUUCCCUGUUGCGCGCUACUCCAGGCAAUGAGGAUAAACUAUGGACAGCUUUGCUUCAGGGUGCUCUGGGCUUGAAUUCCUGGUCUAGGCUGUGAAGAGUAGCAAUGCUCUUUUAUGGUGUUAAAUAACCAUCGUCUUGCUGGCGAGGUUUAACAAAAUUUAGCAAGCCUGGCUAAAUGGUAGGUAGAACCAUCUCUAAAGGAGCAGAAAUGCAAGUUGCUACAGCUGGUGUGAAGCAAACUGGGACUGGAUUCAUAAACAGAAGCACCAGAAUAUUUAUUGCAGUAUAUUUAAGAGAAGGUCAAAGUCAACGUGAAGCUUUCUUGGUGGUGGUUCUGGGUUGUUACAUGCUAGUGCUUAAAAGAAGGCACUUGUUACAAAUUUAGGUUCUUUGUUGGGCAACUGUAAUGACCACUUAGUGUUGUUCCAGCUCCAGCGCUGUCAUACAAGUGCCACGCAGGCAUCUGCUUGCAGCAGGCAGGAGAUAAGUAUAAUCUGGAGUAACGAGGGAAUUGUUCUACAAACCAUGCUGGUUAUUGUUUGCCUCGGUGAGGCACUGAAGAAAUGUGCUCGUAGC